UUUUUAUAUCGCGCCAUCUCCCUUCCAUUCCCAUUUUCUUUCCAGCUCAAAUUCCUCUCCAAAAUCUCACUCAAACAGAGAAGAAAAAAAAGAAAAAAAUUUUUAGUAUACAUAAGUACGUAAAAAUGUACUAUGUAUUAUUACUAUUACAUACACAUAUAAUAUAGUUCUAAGGUUGAAGUUUUUUCAAAUUUGUUUGUCUUUGUCGUAGUCAAUGGCGACUGGUUGGGUUAAAUCAUGGCAAUGCAAGUCAAGAGCAUUAGACGACGUUGUUAACAAUCACCACCACCAUCAAUAUAACAUCUUAUCCAACUCAGCUAGUUGCAAAAAUGGUGUUAAAAACCUCAAAGAUGUAGUUGAAAACAACAAAAAUGGAAAACCAAGAAAGAAAAAACCGGAGCAACCAUCAACAAAGCGACCCGGUUCAAGAGGACCCGAACCCGGUUUGAAUAAUAGAGAGAAGUCUCGACCUAGUACUUCUGCAAGACUUCCACGUGGCACGACAGGUUCGUUUUUUCCAACAUUAACUGAGUUACCUGAAGGUCAUGCAUCACGUAACGUUGUAGAGAUAAUAUUUCAGACAAGCUGGUCAAAGGUUUUUACUGGUCAGAUUGAAAUGGUGUUUAAAGUACAGAACUUGACCCGAACCGUGACCCGGUUUGAGGAGUAUAGAGAGGGCGUGAAGUCUAGGGGUGGUGACGUGGCGGCGGAGAAGGGUGGUGGUGAGGACCACGCGCGUUGUGUUGCGGAUGGGAAUGAAGUGAUGAGGUUUUACUGCUUGGGACCCACUAAUGGCGGCGCGUAUGAAACUGGUGGCGGCGCGUGGAUGUUUUCCUCCGGCAAAGGGGCGGCGGUUUGCACGUAUUCCGGUAGUGGUGUGGCCCACGAGAAUGCUGGUGGUGGUAGGGGAAGAAGGGCUAUGUUGGUUUGUCGGGUCAUUGCGGGUCGGGUUUGUAAACGGGUCGGGUUUGAUUCGUUGAUUGAAGGACGAGUUGGGUAUGACUCAGUGAGUGGGGAUAAUGGCGAGUUGCUAGUAUUCGAUUCACGUGCGGUAUUACCAUGUUUUCUUAUUAUCUACAAAUUGUAAAAAAAAAAAAAAAAAAAAGGGGAAAAUUUCAAAAAAGUAAGAUGUUCUUGGCUUUUUAAAUAUCCAAUUUUUCUUUCAUUUUUUUCUAAGUUCCUAGUGGUAUAAUCUUUUUUAUUUAAAUUUUUUGGGUGUUGUAAUUAUGCAAUAUUGGGUAUAAACACUUCCUUUGGUCUU